AUGGCAACUAGUCUGCUGGAAGAUGUCAAGAGUGUGCAUGAUGUCGGUGGAAUCAUCGGACUGCGUAAACUGGCCAACCACGUAAAAACAAACGAUGGAAAGUGUACGAAUAUUGGUGCUCUAUUGCACAAUUCGGUUGUACGGGCAGAGAAGAAGGAUGAAAAGGAUAAUGAGCUCCUCAAGCUCAACUAUUCUGUCUGGUCUCUUCUCAGCAAUGAGGUUACACAGGAGAGAUGCACCGAGCAAAAGAGUCCAUUUGGCAUAAUCUUUGGUUCAUUCUUUGUAGAUGCAUUCAAGAGAAUAAAGCUACUAUCACGAGAUAACAAAAGACCAGAGUUUGAACUCUGUGUAGAUGAACUUACAAGGAUGAUUUCCUCAAUGGUGACUGGAGAAAUGGACCGCCGCUUUUAUCAAGAUUUAAAGCCUACGGAUGCAAAAAGAAUGGUAUUUAUGCUAAGGACAACGAUAUCACUCUUUUGCGAUAAGGUCAUUGAUGUACUAUAUCCUUCUGGAAAUAUACCACUGUUGCUACUCUCUCAGUGGGCCAAAUGCGUUGUUGACAUUGUAAAGCUUCUCAGGUCGCUAAAUAAAAGAUGUGUUCAAGGAUUCGAACAUGAUAUUAUUCAUGACUUAAAGGCUAUGCUAAAGAGACCAUUCUACACCGAUUUUAGUCUAUUUGGACUUACAGUAAAGAGUCUAGAAACUGUGAGUGAUGGGAUUGAAAUUAAGAAACCUAGAGUGUCUGUAAAUCAAAACACUUUACUAAUAAUGUCUGUGUUACUCUCGGAACUUCUUUAUGGUGAUAAAAUGAGAAUCUCUGGAUCAAAAGAUAAUGUAGUAUACACCCUUAACUUGACCAUGUGGGAUGGCGGCUCAUCUACGAAUAACAUAACAAAGGAAUCUGAAGGAAUUCCACUGGGUCCUCUCUCUCAGAGAUUGGCUGUAGAGUUCCUAUACAAAUCCCUUGUCAUGAAUGUUGAAAGUGAUCACAUGCUCCUUGCUUUUAUAUUCCUCCUAAAAUCGUACAUUUUCAUAAGGUUUGGCUCAUUUGACAUAUACACACAGGAGCAUUUUGUCAAGUACCUCUUUGGUGAAGAGGAUGUUGGCGCAUAUAACACAAAUAAAUUUGUUCAAUGGGUUGAGACACAAAGUGCAGAAAAUAUGCACGAACAUUCCGAUUCAGAGUGUAUGAUAAUUCUUGAAACGAUUCAGUUGCUAAAUGAGAUGUUUUACAAUAAUUUAAAAGAGUAUCAUGCAAGUAGUGAAAUUUAUACAAACACAUACAACAAACGAGUUAUAUUCAUGAGGGACAAUGUAAAGCUGCUAAAUAGGCUGAUAUUUAUGAUAUACCUGGAUUAUUUCAGGUAUAAGAUGAAGACUGGGAUUAAAUCGUAUGAUUCAGAAUAUUUUGAUCAAUAUUAUCAGUUAUGGAUCGUGCUAAUUAAUAAUGUCCCAAGUAUUUCCAACGAAAUGAGUGAUAUUUCAACAUCUAUUCUUAUCCUUUGCUCUAAAAUGUUAGAAAGCACUAGAUUGUUGGAAACUAUUCCUAGCAUAUUUGUGGGUGAAAAGGUAGUUUAUGCAGAUUGUGAUAUCUUGACCAUAGACAGUUUGUCAUACACAAACUGUAAAACCAUUUUAAUUACGUAUCUAGAAAAUGGAGGAAGCUGUGCGGAUUUUCUAAACCUUGUAUACACUGAGCUAAGCAAAAAUUUUCAUGUAUGUUCUUUUAGAGACGCUAGAAUGAAUCAGCUUGGUGUACUCUUCAAGAUAUAUUCUACACUUGUAAAAAGAGACCUUGGAUGUUUUAGACCAGAACUCCUCACACCGAGUAGAUCGCAAAGUGAUAAUCCAAUCUCUAGGACAAGUUGUGGGAUUUCAAACGAAGAAUAUGAUCUGUGUUUUCUUUUGGAACCCGUGAAUGAAAACUCAAUAUGUCUAAUAUGUCUAUGCAUAGAAGUUGUACUAUACUAUAUUGAUGAACUAGGGAGACCAUCUAACGAUGAAAUUAAACUCUGUUUUGCCUUUUUAAAUUCACUUUUGAUAAUCAUGGUUGACAUUGAUAGGAUAUUAAAAUACUAUGGGAAAAGUUCAAACGAACACUCUGAUCUUUUAAUUCUAAUAUUGGAAACAUUUUUUCGCAUGCAAAUGAAGGAAAUUGGUCAAAAUGUAGGCUCUGAAUUCAAAAACGCAUUUUAUCGUAUAUUUUCCAUAUGUGAUGUAAUAUUUGAGCUAAUUGCCAACAAGUUUUUGGAAAAUGAAUUUGUUAGUGUUGAACUGUUUAACAACACCCAAACCAGUACACUUGUACCGAAUUGUAGUACAGCAGAAAACAGAGGAACAUGGUUAUCUCUAAUACUACUUUUUAGAACGGUAAUUUCAUCUCCAAUAAAGCCUGUUCAUAACGUAGUAAACAGUCUUAUAUUCUUCUGUAAACAUAAUGCAAGUAUGGUUGAUUCUGCCAAGGGAGAAGCACAUAAGUUACGCAACUCUAGUUACAAACAAAUGUUCCUAACUAGGAUAUCUGAAAUGCGUAGAAUAGUCGAAAGACUCAUUACUCAUGCAUUUUCUAGGUAUAUUUCUCACGUUAUCAUAAAUAUUCUGGAGACAAACUCCACUGGAAAUCUCACAGAAGAGUAUAUUGAUGGAUUUAUCAAGACAGUAUUGCUCUACAUUUCUACUGUAGUUUUUGAUGAUGACGUAUAUGGAAUUAUAUCCCUAAUGCCAGCGAUUAUUGGUCUAGCUUCCGCAUUUCAUUCGAAUAGUAAUAUGGAUUACGAAAGUUUUGUCAAGUUUGUUCACAAUUACACAAGGUUAAUUAGCAGAAAACAUGGAGUUUCAAAUUCCGUACCUUUUAUUUCAGAUAUUAGUGUAAUACCACUAAAAGUGGUGUAUGAUGAAAAUAGUCUUCCCAUCGCAGACAAUCCUGAAUGUGUAAAGGAGGUUCCAUUAUUUUCACUAGAAUCCCCUUGUUUCUGUUUCAUUUGUGGUUUAAAAAUGGUUGUUGGAUCUCAUACCGGUUAUAUUACCAUCUGUAAUAAUUGCGGGAGUCCAUCUCCGUUAGUGCCAACUGGCAAUGUAAAUUUGCAAAAUCUUGGAUCAACAAUCUUCCUAUCUUCAUCAAUUCCAGUUAUUUGUACACUUACGGAUGUUUCCUUUUUGUCAAUUAUUGGAUAUGCAGAUGGAGAAAUGGUUCAGUUUGUCUAUAAAAGCCUCCUUGAUGUUCUUAUCCAAACCAUACAAGUAUUCUCAGAAUUUAAUGUUACAGGCAAGGAUAGUUCUAAAACAAGUGAAACAGACAGUACAAAUGAGAAUAUUGACAUAAUAAAUAGUGAGAAAGAGGCAACAAGAAAACUUUUGGAAAGUGCAUCAGAUCUCAUCGCUCUAUUUACCACUAGGAGUGCAGAAAAUAUGGAACUUAUUUAUGGGUUAAUUCCAAAGUUUUCUGGUUUUGGUGACUUUUUAUCAGUCAUGUGCUUAUCUAGAGACAUUGUUUUAAAAUUUGCAGAUUUUUUCAGCCUUGAAGUUAUACAAGAAUUUUUCAGGGCUAGAUUUUCCGAAUGCAGUUUUCUCUUUGUCGAUUGCACAAAGAGUGUUGGCGAAAUAAAGUUGCAGUAUCUUUAUGACUAUUAUAUUCUAUCAACAAUUUCUAAGGACAACAUACCAGUUACUGACUCUUAUGCGAUACAUUUGUCUAGCAGUAAAAACAUUGCACUGACACUUACAAAUCUAAGUAUACAGACUAUUUCGGAGCUCUUUAUCCGAUAUUUGGAAAUUGUCCAACCGUGUGACAUAGGAAAGUUUGCAGAGAAUUUAUUUCAACUAUCCCGGUUUUCAAAUUUGUUCAGUAUGCCUCUAAAUAGGCUAGUAACAUCAGGUCUCUGUAUAACAGUAUUAGAUAGAGUAGAGAGAACCAGUUUCAAAUUCAAGAGGAGAAGUGAUGCAGUAGCUAGUAUUUACAGGAUAAUCCUCAAUAACUCGGCAUUUACUUCUCUAAAUACCUUGUUUAACAUGCCUCUUAGACAGAUUAUGCCACACUAUCAAACAAUAUUUGGUACGGUAGAGUAUAACGACUAUACACUCUUCAGGAUGCUCUUUAAUAUGGAGGAAAUCGGAAAGAUGCAAAACCUGGACCUGCAAAAAAUUCACAAAUUCAAAUUCUAUGCGUUUAUAAGACUAGUUUGGUUUACAACCAAUCCACAUGUAGUUGUAAAAUUAUUGUUUUCACGAGAUGCCAAGGAUGUUACAUUAAAGGGUGCUUUAUCUAGGGAAAAUAUUUGCAACAAAAACAAAAAUGUAUUGGAACUUCAGUCAAACUAUGUGGUGAAUAUCUUUAGCACAUAUCUAAGACUGCAACAAUUAUGUACGGACCAUUCCCUUUUAUCGUCUGAUGGUGCUCAAUCGGCAGAUUAUACUCACUCUGGAGAGAGUGUGCAUAAUUAUGCAGAUAAUCCAAUUAGUCAGCUGUCUACAGAAAAAUCUCUGAAUGAUCAUGAAAAUUCACCUACUAAUAGACACAAAAUUUACGAGUUUAUGGAGGGGAAUUUUAUUCGUAUUCUAAAUCUAUUUGUAACCACAUGGUUCAAGGAACAACACGUUAGUUAUUCGCUAAAGAACAAGAGGAUAUUCUAUCCGGAAAUUUAUUUAUAUGGAAAGCAGGAUAAAGAAAUACAGCGAAUCUACAACUGUAUAGCUUUGAUCAUGAAAAUUUACAAUGGAGACUUGGAUGCAUUCUGUGAUCGCAUAAUUGAAGCUCUGACAAUUUGUGACCUAUCCGAAUAUAAUUAUAAACCCCUUCUAGAGUGUUGGAUAAUUUUAUCUAGAAAACUCAGUCUUACAGUUCUCUGCAAGUACUCCCCUGGUAUUGUCUACCAGAUCAAUAGAAUCACAAAGUUUGACAAGGAUGGAUUAUUAUCAAGAAUAAUUUAUGAUAUUGAAAAUGAGAUCAAGGACAAUCUUACUAGGGCUGAUGCUACAGUUCACUCUCAGUAUGUUGCAUCUAUAAUAAACUGUACCAAUGAUUCUCUAUCUUGUUCAAAUUCUAUAUAUCACCACUUUCAGUGUUGUGCUUCGAUGAUAUAUUCCUCAGGUGGUCAAAAGAACCCAUAUAUAACAAGAGAGGCAGCUGCGUUUGCGGCGUCUGAGGCGCUCUCAAAAAAUCCUUUCAUAAUAAAUAAUGAAGAAUGUAAGGAAAACGCCUCAGAUUUAGCUUAUGCUGCCCUUGCCACCAUUUACGAGUACUCGGAUGAUUUGGCUAAAAGUCCAACUUCGUUAACGGUUGCUUGCUGCAAGAUUUUAGGAUACCUUCACUUUGAUCUGCAAACAUUCCACAUGGAGAAACGCAAAGGUUCUGCCGAUAUUUUGCGCACGGAUAAUUCUGUGGAUCUUGCAAUAACACUACUCACAAACUACCUCAUACCGAAUAUGCAUAUGCCAAUAACAUCAUACUGCAUCCAACAAAUACUAAAAUUUCUAGGAUUUCAUCAUGUGGAAAAGGUAGAAACUGGGAAAGAUGAUGGAGAAAAGAAGAAGAAUAGAAAAAACAACUGGGAAAGUGGUUAUAAACAUAAUGAGGAUAAAAUGGAUCUUGAAAGUAAAUGGAAGCUUACUUUUGAGCAAGAUGUUCAGCAAUGUCUUGAACCAUACAGAAGUACUAAUUUUCUACGAAACAAACAAAUUGAGGAAGCUAUAGAAUGCCAACUAGAGGCGAAUACGGUCUUGGAUAUAAAGUGUUUCGUAUGGUGGUUGCUAAAAAUGUUACCGGAAACAUGUCUGAAUCUUCCGCUCUUUAAGGCAUGCGACUUAGCAAUGGUACAAAUUCCAGCAGUGCUAUCAUUUUUAUUACCGUAUAUAAUAUCGUCAUCCGUGAGAUAUCUAACUACAGAGGAUUGUGCUGAGAUUGGGAAACGUAUGGCCAUGUUGCUUUGUAAUAUUUUGCAAAAGGACAGUAGUACAUUUGGAAUUAAUUGGAAAUCUAGUUUUGAUAAUAUAUCUGCGCAAGACGCUUCUUCAUUUGAGCUACAUGAUCACUAUACUUCCUGCCAAGCAAUAUUUAACCUAAUAGAUCAGAUUCGGUUUAUGGUUGAUAAAGGUUCUCAUAUGCUCCAGGAAGCUAGUGAUAAAGACUUUAUUUCUUUAGUAAUCUCUCGUUUCAAGUCCAUACUAAGUGCUAUUCCAAAUAUUUUGGUAGCUCAUGCUGCAAUAUCUUGUGGAUCUUAUGCAAGAGGAGUAAUGAUUAUUGAGCAUGAACUUACAUAUAGAGUAUCAUCAUAUGAUUUUUCUAAUCCAAUAGACUCACUAGGGAAUGUGAUUUCAAACUACAAUGGCUCUCAGACUGAAUCGUUAAAUUCGCGUGGUAUAAUAUCUUUACUUUGUAGAGGUUACGGUGGACUAUCAGAAUUAGAUGCGCUUAUUUGUAUAUCUUCCUUUGUAAAAAAUACAAACACUUGGAAUGCACACACUUUGCAAAGUCCUGAAGACGAUAUCAUAAGUCACAAAAAGGAUGAAAUAUGUAAGGCAUUUUCACUUGAAUGUAAAGGGAUGUAUAGAAGCGCUUACGAUAUAUACAAUACACUCUUGAAAGAAUCUCAAGACUGCAAAUUGUGGACAUGUUGGUAUAGAAUUGUCCAAUUAUUGGGACCAAAUUCCUUUGUUACAUUUCCUAAAAUUGCCGACCACAAUAACAUUUCAGAUUCCCUCUUUGCCGAAUCUGUAACAGCGUGUUGGAAGCUCUCCCUUUGGGAUGAGUUGGAUGAAAUUCUUUCAAAGCAUAAAACUAAUAGAAAUCUGGAUGUCAUAAUGGACAUUGACACAAGUAUACUGGAGCCAAGCUAUACUUGCCCAAGUGCUAGAGAAAUUGAUGUUUGUACUCAAAAUCAAGCAGAAUCUUUUUGGACAUCUCUGCUUAUGAAGGACUCUGUGGAUGUCUGGUUCAUGGAAAAGACUGCAUGCUCACUUAGUUUGAUUCAAAAGUUUAAGUAUGAGGAAAGUUUUAAAAUUGUAGAUGAUAGUUUAAACCACCUGGUGAGACCGCUUGGAUUGGCAAUUCAUGAGUCUACCCAAGUUGGCCUAAAAUAUCUUGAAAAAAUCGCAAUUUUUAAUACCCUAAACAUUGUAUUGGAGUUUUAUAAGAACGGAGAAAUUGGAGAAGAUGAUGAAAAAACGUUUGCAAAGUCACUGAUAAAAAAGGCACAGGCAUUUGCAAAUAAUCGUUGCAAUACUCUUGUGAAUAUUCUCGGAACCGCUAAGGUUGCUUUAGAACUUGGUGGAAGAGUGACUGCAGCUAGUACUCUUUUGAUUUAUCUCAACAAAAUGUGUAGACUCAAUGACAUAAAAAUACAUAUUCCGGGUUCAAUAAAUCUCUCAAAUGUUAUACCGUGUCUAAAGAAUGAAAUAAUCAUAGAAAAUGCGCUUACGCUACAUAAGAAUGGAGAUGUGGAAGGGGCUAUUCAAGAGAUUAGUAGAGUUGAUGAAAACAAUUUUGAGGGGUUCUAUAAUUUGGUAAAGAUCUAUUCAGAAUCUAACUUGCUAAUCUCAAAAAUUGCAGUGUCCUACAUGCACCAAGUUUUGGAACUUGCUCCAAGCAGCUUCAAGGCAAAUUUACUCUAUGCAAAUUAUCUUGAUCGCCUUAUAGAAGGAAGGAUAAGAAACUCACAGACUAUUAAAGUUAUAAAGGGUGAAAAGGGUAGAGGGAGAAAGAAGGAAGAUUGCUCCACAAUUGCGGGUAUAGAGGGAAUUCCUGGAAUGUUUUCAUUUGUAGAACUUGUGGGUAUGACAGUUGGUGCAUAUUUACAGUCGUUGCGUUUUGUGGAUACCUGUCCCCUGGGUGCUGAUGUAUCUGAUGAUGAUUCAUCCAUGGAAAUUGUAGAUAUUCUGACAAAAGUGGUCACAAUCAUGUGUUUCUACUGCACACCAAACACUAGGCAAUUUUGCAGUGGUAUAAACUUUGAGGAUGAUGCCUGUGAAUUAUUUUUCAAAUCAAUAAAUGAACGUGUAACAAGUCACAGCUCCGCCUUUCCUCACUAUUACUGGUAUUCUGUUUUAUCGCAGCUGGUUAGUCGUUGCCAGCAUAAACUUUUGGGUGCCACAAUUUUCCAAAAUAUAAUCGCAAAUUUGAUUUCUAGAUAUCCAAAACAGACUUUAUGGUCCACUCUCUACUUUGGACAUUCUUUAUCAUCAAAACGGCGCAGAGUUCAUACGGAAAUCGUGCAACUUGCCAUUAACUUAAAUGGAAAUAUAAAUAACGUCAUUGAGUGUUAUGAUUCCGUGUUUAGGGAAAUGCACAAUGUUGCUCUAAAUCGUGAUAUUCAAAUCUCUGAAAAGUCUGCAACAAAACUGGGUAUCAUAUAUAAGCUUAUAAAUGAUGAUAAACUCAAAGGUGUUGUAUUGAUACCAACCAAGGAACAGUUGAGCUUUGAGGCCAUAAGAAAUGGAGGAAUAGUUGAGGAAGUUUACGGAAUGUCUGAAAAUAUCCAGGUCCUAAGGUCAAAGCAGAAACCAAAGAAGAUUUCACUUAUUUCAAGCACCGGCCGUCUGGUAAACUUUCUAAUAAAAAAUGAAAUCAAGGGGGAUCUUCGCAAAGACAUGAGAAUGAUGGAGGCUACAACGUACAUUAUAAGAAUGAUCAACUAUACUGAUGUCAAGUUGCAAAGUUACAGUGUCGUACCUCUUUCUGAAGUAUCUGGGAUUAUUGAGUUUGUAUCAAAUAUGUGCACUUUGAGGGCUCUUGUAAAUGAUGAAAUGAGAAAGGUACUACCAAAUGUAGAAAACGAUACAAGAGGUGAUAUAAACAAGUAUUCCCAAGCAGUGUCAGACAAGAGAUACUCUGAAUCUCUCUCAUUAUUUGGAAGUAUUGCUGAAAGGAGACCUCCUGUUCUCCACAGAGUACACUUUAAACUCUUUAGAAAUGAUCCAGCAGUGUGGUACAAUACAAGAAGGCAAUAUAUUAUAAGCUCCGCAAUGUGGAAUAUUUUUGGUUACAUUGUAGGAUUAGGAGAUAGACAUGCUGAGAAUAUCCUAUUUAACGUAAAGAAUGGACAAAUUAUGCAUGUUGACUUUGAUUGUCUAUUUGGAAAGGGAACCACAUUGCUGAUUCCAGAAUUGGUUCCAUUUAGACUAACGCAAAAUAUAGUAUGCAAUCUUGGUGUUUGCGGAGUUUGUGUAGAUGGUCCAUACUAUUCAGAGUCACUCAAAUUCCUUAAAAUGCUCCACAAGAAUCAAAAGAGGCUAACAUCCGUCCUAAUGAGCUUUGUAUUUGAUCCUUUAAUUGAAUGGGAUGGAAAAGAAAGUGAACAAGGUGGACUAUCACAAAAGGUACUUCAAACUGUGCAGGAUAAACUCAGGGGAAUCGUGAAUGUCAUCAUCCCAAACGUUGAAAUUGCAAAGGGAAGAAAUACGGAAAGUAAGGGGAAAAUCUUCAGCGAUUUGAAAUCAUUUGAAAUGAUUGCAGAACCGCUUGAACCAAAGCAACAACUGCAACAACUCAUUAAUGCUGCCAUGUCACCAGCACACUUGUCCAAGAUGUUUGUUGGAUGGGCACCAUGGUUAUAA